AGAAUUGAAGACUACUUGAAAAAGCUUGUGAAUCCGCAGAGUCAGCUCCCUGCAAUCUCUGCAACUAUUUACUACAAAGACAAGGUUCUAUGGAGUGGACACUACGGGACAAAAAUUGCGGAAAAUAAAACCCCUCCGAAUGAUGAUACUCGGUACCGGAUCGGUAGCAUAACCAAAGUUUUUCCCGUGAUAAUGUUAUAUAAAAUGUACCAAGAUGGAUUGAUCGAUUCAUUAGACGACCCACUGAGUAAAUAUGCCCCCGAUUUCCAUAUGAAUAACCCAUUCACGGAAGAGAAUAUAACUUUACGACAAAUAGCUAACCAGUUAUCCGGGCUCCCUCGCGAGGCCCCCUGCGGCGCGUGCUUAAAUGAAACGACUUCCAGUGAGCAGCUCGCCCUGCUUCGUAACCGAAGCCUUGUGGUUGAGCCAGGGACAGUGCCGUCCUACAGCAACCUCGGAUAUGCUCUGCUAGGAAGGUUGCUGACGGAGAUGCCAAAAGUAAACAUGACCUUCGAGGAUUGGACUCGGAACAAAAUUUUAAUCCCUCUGGGAUUAAACAACACGGGGUUCCGCAUCGACAAAGAGGUUGAGCAGGAUAUGGCGCCUUCUUACAACUCCUUGGGGAAUCGCGUGCCCUUCAUGGACAUUAAAUGGCUAGCCCCUGCUGGACAAAUGUACUCGAGCCCGCGGGAUAUGGCUUUGUUCGGGAUGUAUCUGAACGCAGCAAAGAAACAAUCAGUUCUGCAAACGAAGUACUGGAGGGAGAUCUUAUCACCGUCGGACAUAGCGCCUGAUGGGCAGACUUUGUGGGGAAGUCCGUGGGAGAUGAUCUUUCAUGAGAAUUUCCUCGUCCGAGGCAAGGGGGGUGCAAUUGACGGCUAUUCGGCUAUGGUGAGCGUUGUCCCUGAGAUCCAGCUCGGCUUUAAUGUAUUCAUUAAUGCUGCAUACCAUUUCAAGGAAGGCACCCUCAUCGCUAAUACUAUUUUGGAUUAUGUAUACAGAGAAUUUUUACCCGUGUUUAACAGAACAUUAUUCGAAGUAGGCGGCAGGUUAAAGUUCAAUAACGCAACGAUGUAUAUCGGUACUUACAACAUUACAAAGACAAGCGAACUUACUGGAGAAAUUGAAUCAAAGUACCAAGCGACAAUCGACGAUCACAACUACACCUUACUCUAUACUGAAAAUAACAAGAAAACAUUCUUAUAUGACACUGAAGUCCCUUUACUUCUAAGAGCAGCUAAAGAUACAAGCAGCUGUCUAGAAUCACAACUCGGCAAUCGUGCUCAGUUUUAUUUUUCGCCCGCUGUUGAAGGUGUGUCUCCCGGAUUGUUAGUGCCGGGAUGGGGCAUCACUGGGGUACGGGUGUAG